UAGGCUGGUCUGUGUGCGAGAAGAGUACUUUCUGCCAGCCUGGCACAUCUGUCUGGCUUCUGCCACUGACAUGGAUUUAAUCGCUCCAUCACCGAGUGUUGUUGCUUCAUGGGGUGGAGCGCCCUCCACCGGACAUAAGAGACAGACCCACUCGGCAAACAUGAGGAGCGCAGCCAAGCCCUGGAGUCCAGUCACCAAAGUGGGGAGCCAUGGGAGUGAGCGCGCGAGGCCCCUUCCCACAGCCUCCUCUGGCAUGAAGAGUUCUAAGUCUUCAACCUCGCUGGCGUGUGAGUCCCAGCUCAGCAAGCUCAAGAGGGCCAGCAGCGAGGACAUGCUCAACAAGCCGGGAAGUGCCACCGCUUCCGCGGUAGUUCGACUGAAAAAGACUUCGACAGCCGGAACCAUCUCCGAGCUCACUGAGAGCCGCCUGAGGAGCCACCCAGGGUCUGUGACAGCAACCAAACGGACAGGCAUUCCAGCUCCUCGAGAACUUUCGGCAACUAUCUCAAGAGAGAGAACUGUGCCACGUGGUCCCACCAACCCAAAGAAAUCAGUGUCUAGUCCAACUUCUUCCAGCACACCCACCCCUACCAAGCACCAGAGGACCACUUCCACAAGACCCAGGCCAGAGAAUGAAGGGGGAGAAAAGGCUGUGCUCGAGUCCCAAGUUCGGGAGCUUUUGGCAGAGGCCAAAGCAAAAGAUAGUGAAAUUAACAGGCUUCGAAGUGAACUAAAGAAAUGCAGGGAGAAAAGGACUCUGAACACUGCAGGAACCGACACUUUGGACCCAAAGAUGGAUGGAACAUCAGUCUCAGCAGGUGACUCUGAACCGUUGAUACAAGCUCUUGAGGAGAAGAACAAGAAUUUCCAGAAAGAGCUUGCCGAUCUAGAGGAAGAAAACCGGGCCUUGAAGGAGAAACUGAGUUAUUUUGAGCAUUCACCAAAUUCAGAAGGGGGGUCCAGUCACACUGCUGAUAGCAGCUGUCCAACAUCCCUCACCCAAGAGUCAAGCUUCGGAAGCCCGACUGGGAAUCAGGUGUCAGGUGAAGUAGAUGAAUAUAAAAAACACACACCCCAAAACGUAUUACGGACGUCGGGCUCUUCAAGUAGCGAUGUUACCAAAGCUUCUUUGUCACCGGAUGCCUCCGAUUUUGAGCACAUCACAGCAGACACCCCCUCUCGGCCCCUGUCUUCCACGAGCAACCCCUUUAGGAGUUCGAAGUGUUCUACCACUGGGAGUUCCCCUAACAAUGCGAGUGAACUGUCCCUGGCCUCCCUUACGGAGAAGAUACAAAAGAUGGAAGAAAACCAUCAUAGCACAGCAGAAGAACUGCAGGCUACUUUACAGGAAUUAUCAGACCAGCAACAAAUGGUGCAGGAAUUGACAGCCGAAAAUGAGAAGCUGGUGGAUGAGAAGACGAUUUUGGAAACUUCCUUUCAUCAGCAUCGAGAGAGGGCAGAGCAGCUCAGUCAUGAGAAUGAGAAGCUGAUAAAUCUCUUACAAGAGCGAGUGAAGAAGGAGGAGCCCAGCACGCAAGAAGGAAAGGUCCUGGAGCUGGAGCAGAAGUGCACAGAAAUCCUGGAGCAGGGCCGCUGCGAAAGGGAGAAACUGCUCAGCAUUCAGCAGCAGCUGACCUGCAGCCUGCGGAAGGCUGAGGAGGAAAAUCAAGGGGCUUUAGAGAUGAUCCAACACCUGAAGGAAGAGAACGAAAAACUGAACGGGUUUCUAGAACUGGAACGGCAGAACAGUAGUGUGAUGGCCCAAACUCUGGAAGAGUGUACAGUUACCUUGGAAGGGCUGAAGAUUGAAAAUGGGUCUUUGAAGGCUUAUUUGGAGAAUGAGAAGCAAAAAGCUAUAGAGACCAGUUCUAUGGGGCAGACGGCAGAGGGCUGUGAAAUUCAAGAAAUGUUGAAAGUAGCUCGAGCUGAGAAAGAUCAGCUGGAACUGUCUUGCACUGAGCUCAAACAAGAAUUACUAAAGGCACAUGGUGAAAUUAAACAUGUUUCAAGUCUACUAGCCAAGGUGGAGAAGGAUUAUUCUUACUUGAAGGAGAUAUGUGAUCAUCAAGCGGAACAGCUGAGCAGAACCAGCCUAAAACUACAAGAGAAAGCAUCAGAGAGUGAUGCAGAGAUUAAAGACAUGAAGGAAACCAUAUUUGAAUUGGAAGAUCAGGUGGAACAGCAUCGAGCUGUUAAGUUACAUAAUAAUCAACUCAUCAGUGAGCUAGAAAGCAGUGUGAUGAAGCUGGAGGAACAGAAAGCAGACCUGGAGAGGCAGCUGAAGACUCUGACUAAGCAGAUAAAGGAGGAAACCGAGGAGUGGAGGCGCUUCCAGGCAGACCUGCAGACGGCAGUGGUGGUGGCCAAUGACAUCAAGUGUGAGGCCCAGCAGGAGCUGCGCACUGUGAAGAGGAGGCUGCUGGAGGAAGAGGAGAAGAACUCGAGGCUGCAGAAGGAGCUGGGGGACAUGCAGGGCCACGGCAGACCUGUGCGUGCGGAGUCGGAGCCCGAGGCUGAUGCCCCCGGCCGCUGGCCCGGCGUCUUUGUCAGCAGAGCCUCCACAGCGCCUUUGGAGCCCGCGACCACCGUGAAGUCCCUUAUCAAGUCCUUUGACUUGGGACACCCAGGUGGAGCUGGACAGAAUGUUUCUGUCCAUAAGCCCCCGAGAAGCCCCUUGAGCGGAAUACCAGUGAGGACGGCCCCGGCGGCCGCUGUUUCUCCAAUGCAGAGGCACUCAACCUACAGCGGCGUUCGCCCAGCCAGCAAAGGAGUGGCCCAGCGCUUGGACCUUCCCGACCUUCCCCUCUCAGGUCUUCUAAAGGGAAGAGCUGACGACCUGAAGCCGGACCCUUACCUCCGCAAGAGCCCCUCCCUGGAGUCGCUGAGCAGACCCCCGGCCCUGGGCUUCGGAAGCACGAGGCUGCUGAGCACGUCCACCGGGGGCUUGAGGCCACACAGCAAACUCAGUGUUUGCUAUUAUAAGAAGUGCUGCUGUUGUUACCAGAGAUUGGACUUCAGUUCAGGAACCUCGGUACUUGAGUUCUGGCUAAGAAAGAAUUCAGAGCCAAGACUCAAACUUGUGGAAAGAAGAGACCCUCUGGCUGCGCUGGCCCGGGAGUACGGCGGCUCGAAGCGCAAUGCUCUGCUGAAAUGGUGCCAGAAGAAGACAGAAGGCUACGCGAACAUCGACAUCACCAACUUCAGCAGCAGCUGGAGCGACGGCCUGGCCUUCUGCGCGCUCCUCCACACCUACCUGCCUGCCCACAUCCCGUACCAGGAGCUGAGCAGUCAGGAGAAGAAAAGGAAUCUCUUGUUGGCAUUUGAAGCAGCCGAAAGUGUCGGCAUUAAGCCCAGCCUGGAGCUCAGCGAGAUGCUGCACACAGACCGGCCGGACUGGCAGAGCGUCAUGCAGUAUGUCGCCCAGAUCUACAAGUACUUCGAGACCUAAGCCUGCGGGGCCCGCCAGCCGCCACCUGCCAUCAUCCCGGAAGCCCCGGUCAUUCCACAGGCCCUGCUCUCACGUCCAGGGCCUGGCUGCUGGGUUUCAAAGGAAGGUUCCAUCCAGGGGUCCAGCUGAUAAAUGAGACAGAGCUGGCUCCACCGUGCACCCACCUUGAAUUGAGAUGCAUUUGGGGUGUUGGUUGGGGAAGCUUUGCUCUCCCAGGGCCUCCCUCCUUCCAGACCCAGGAGACCCCAGGGUGGCAUGUGCAGCUGUGUGGCCUCCCCUGGAGCCGCCCUGAGAUUCACAGGGACAGCCGGCACUUCCUGCCAGUCCCCUCGUUACCAGCGUCCCGGCUUUGGCCUUUAAAAAAACCUUGCCCUUCUACCCACCCACCCCCUCCAAAAACACCCAACAAAAGAUAAGCAUUUGCUCUCAAGCAGCCUGGAACACGUGAACCCUGCCGUCUGGGGUACGCUUAUGGUCUAGGUAACAGCGGCACAGCUAGGACUUGGUCACAGUUUGAGACCACUGUCCUGCACAUGCUGUGUGGAUGGAAGAUGGGCAUGGGAGAAUGAGAAGGAGCCCCUGGGUAGUUCGCUUCACUGUCCCUGUGGGGGCCUCCAGGUGGGAGCCUGGCUCUCUGGGUGGCGGUGCAGGUGGGAGCCUGGCUCUCCGGGCGGCGGUGCAGGUGGGAGCCUGGCUCUCCGGGCGGCGGUGCAGGUGGGAGCCUGGCUCUCUGGGUGGCGGUGCUGGGACUGGGUCACUCGCAGCUGCCUGUGCUCAUGCCGAAGGGAAGCUGCAGUGACUUCGCCUCCUCCAUCUGUCCUCCCAUUUGCUCCACUCCCAUUCUCGCCCACACACGCUUGUCCCAUGUGCAGAAUGAACCGACAGGAAGCCACUCGUGUGAAAUCCCUGUGUCUGCUGGGGUUUGGGGUAUUUGUGCAGUGAAACAGCCUACGGGUGUAUUUCUUGGGAUACUGGGCAGACAGCAAAUUUAAACAUUUCAACUUUAGACUUGUUUAGCAUUUAGUACUUCAGCUGGCAACAAGGAUGGGCAGAGGUGGAAAUGCAGUUUCUCUGCUAUUCUGGGGUCACUCUAAGUGACAGCAGAGCCCCCUCGAGCGGCCCCAUUCGCCUGGGAGUUACGCUGAGCAAGUAACCACCGGUGGUUCUUCGGUGUUCCUGGCGGCAAAUAAAUGCACAUUGCAUGGCAAGUGGGGUGCGGUGCACAUAAGUAAAUCGGGGUGAAUUCAUCAGUGCCCUUCACUUGCUAAUGAAGGUGCCCAUAGCUGUGUUAGUGCCCCCAGACAAGGGUCAUUGUCACAGGUCACUGGGUGUUACAACAGCGCUCUCCCUGCUUACGUCAAUCUCAUGGUGGGGUGCUGUUCCAGCCGGGCCGGAAGCUCCAGGCCCAGCUCUGUCCUGGGAGAGGCGAGUUCACCCUCCCUCCAGGCCACCCGGCAGGCCCACCCGCCCUCCACGCUGUGGAGGUUCUGGGGCACUGGGGAGCACCUGGCCUGCCCAUCAGGUGUGGGUCCUGCGUGUUGUCUGAGUCCCUGAGCCCAAGGAGAGAGCGGCUUCGUGGCCACAUGGGGCCUGGCAGGUGCUGCUGCUGCUUUCACAUCUGGCCCUUGGUGUCCAGUGGAGGCGGAGGUGCCCUCCGAACAAGUCCCCUCCUCCUCCAGUGAGCAAGUGAAAGCCUUGCUGGGCCGCUUCCUGUGGGACACUUGCCUCUCCCACUGCUUCUGCCUGCUCACCACCGCUGUGGGGGCGGAGCCCGGGCAGGUGAGCAGCAGGUGCUGGCUUAUCACCUCGAGGCUUUGUGCAGGAGAGACCCUGAGGCCUUGGGAUGGGAGGGGGGUCAGCACCGUCAGCGCCUGGUGCAGUGACUCCCACGGUGAUUCAGCACAGGCUCGGGCGGGGGGUGUGGGGGGGGGCCCUUUCCCCUCCCUCUAUGCCAGUCCUGCUCCCUGCAGGUUAGAAAGAGGGGGAAUGUCAUACAAAAGGAAGACCAUGUGCCAACUUAUUUUUAUAAUCCAAGGGAGUUCCUUUACUACCAUUUUGUUGCUGGUGGGCACGCGUGGAGGGGCGCGUGUGUCCUGUCGGACAGCACAGUGGCUGAGCAGGUCUGGCUCUGGGGGCGGGAGGGGCCUGCAGGCAGCUGGGUGCCAGGCCAGCCGGCACUGCAGGGUCUGGGGAGAAGCUGUCCCAGCCGGGGCUGAGCCACAGAACAGGGUUUUUAAAUGUGUUUUUAGUUGGAGAGCUCAGAGCACAAGGGGAAUGUGGGAAAUAGAUAAAUAGAAAACGCGGCGGCAUCAGCGAGUUGUGUCAUUUCGUUUCCUGUCCUGAGGUUUUCAGAGGCUACAACAGCCAUGUUUCUCCCAUCCUUUAGCCACUGCUCAGUCGUUUAAAAGUACUUGGUGGUUCUGCAGACCCUAUUUUUAAUGUAUUAUUUUUAUAUAAAAAACAUGUGCGAUAUGCAAGACCCAUGAGAGCAGGCGGGGUUUUUAAAAGACAUAGAAGUAUGGUCUCUGCACCGGCUGGUGUCGUGGCCUUGAACUGUGGUUGGUCUCCGGCACUGCCGAGCCUUGCCGCCCGGGGUAGCGUCCUGGGGAACCGCACACGCACACUCCCCCACCCGGGCCCCCUCUCACUGUAGAAAGGGGCGCAGCCUCCGGGAUUCCUUCUCCAUCUGUUGUUGUUCACAGCUUUCGUUGGUGCGCAGGUGUUACACAAAGUGCACUUCCCACGGCGCUUAGCCGCCUGGCGUCGCAAGGGGUUCUCAGCCGCCCUCUUCCCCGCUGAGGCGAGGGCAGGCCUUUCACCGGGUGCGGGUGCGGGUGCGGCGAUGGAGGGUUCGGGUCUGUGAAAACCCCUCUGCCAAAUGCAGCCCCAGUUCUUCUGCUCCCAGAGCUGAGCCAUUUGAGACGACUGCCAAGGACAUGCAGUGAAGGUGUGACCUGGCUGCCUGUUCACUAGUGAGUGUGUGUUUAAUGUCCCAGAAGCCCGAGUUCGCUGGAGGUCGCCUCCCUGACCCGGUUAGAGUUGCUGAGGCCCUGAGUGCUGAGUUAACAACGGGAGUGGGAUGCAGCCGACACACCUGUGGCCUUGUUGCUGCACAAGCUCACCAGGUGGUCUGAGCGUCCUCAGGGCAGGCCGGGCCAGCAGAACUGGGUGCACGAUUAACUGAAAGUGUAUGAUAUAUGACUAAUAUUUCUAAUAAAUAUAUUUUGUUUCUGUCUGAUUA